CGUGGGCCGAGGGCGGCUGGUUGCUGCUCUGCUGGAGAGCGUUAGGCCGGGCGAGGGGCUGGGCGGCAGCGCUGGGGGCGGCAGCGCGCCGCUCACACUCAUGAGGAGCCGGAAGCUCGCAGGUGGAGUGCGGUCCUCAGCACGUCUAAGAGCCCGAAGUUGCUCAGCCAGGUUGGCCUCUGCUCAGGAAGUCAACAUCACCACGUCUGCCAGGACAGUAUGUCAGACUCCCUUGUCACACAAAGCCGCCGACAGGCGAACCUCCAAGAAGUUCAAGUAUGACAAAGGUCAUCUUGUGAAAUCGGAAUUACAGAAACUGGUCCCUAAGAGCCAUAGCGCCGCUUUGCCCAAGGCCCCGCCUGAGAGCACUUGUGAGAACGAGCCUCAGGGGUUUGCCGAGGCCGGUGCCUUGUGUCCGGGAGAGGAAGCCCGUGUUUCCGUGCAGCAGGAGACUGCAGGCUUCCCCCUUGGUCACUGCAGAGUUGUGAGUGACACCUGCUCACCAGAGACUGGAAAGGGCCUGUCCCUGCCGAAGCACAGCACCCUCGCAGGAGAAGAAUCGAACAGCAGCUCCACCGUGCGGGAAGAGGCAGCGCUGGAGACGGAGCAAGUCCAAACGCCCCCUCUUCAGAUGGACAACAGCGUCUUUCUAGACGACGACAGCAAUCAGCCGAUGCCAGUGAGUCGAUUCUUUGGAAACGUGGAGCUCAUGCAGGACCUUCCACCAGCGUCUUCAUCUUGUCCUUCAAUGAGCAGACGAGAAUUCAGGAAGAUGCAUUUCAGAGCCAAAGACGAUGACGAUGAUGAUGAUGAUGCAGAAAUGUAGACAAUAAAAUAUCCACGAUGAUUUCUUUGCAUAUUUAGUAUAGUUAACAGUGUGACAAUUGAGCAAAUUAUGGGAUUUAUAUAAAUCCCAAAUUUAUCUUCAAGAGAACAUGUUCUUAAGCCAACUUCAAACUA